UUCCCAUUUGAACCUCGGCGCGCGCAUACAUACACACACACACAUACACACGCGCGCGGGCGAGAGCGCAACUAUUGACGAUGCGCCAUCCAGUCGCGUCCUUCCCCCGUCCGUCUCCUCUCUCGCCGCACAGCUCUACGAUGACCGACGCGACCCCGGAAUGAUGUCACUUUUCAACGGCACCGGGGGACCAGAUGUUAUAGAGGACUACGCCUGCGUGCGGUUUUACGUGUCCACCGUCUCUUUCUCGAUCCUGCUGUUCUUCAACCUCGUCAUAAACUGGACCAUCGUCUGCCAAGUGCGGCUUCGGGGACACGCGCGGUUCGUGCUGAUCUUCCACCUCCUGCUGUCCGCGCUGGUCUACCUGGGCACGAGCAGCAUCUUCCACUAUCAGAUACACGUGAAAGCGCGGCCCGGCCUGUCCUGCUGCCUGGCCAUGGUCACCAUUUUAAUCACCAGCGCCUCCAAUAUCCUGCUGACGCUGACGACCAUGGCCUUGGACCGAUAUUUCGCCAUUUGCCAUCCUUUGCGGUACAGUUCACUGUGCAGCGGUCGACACUGGCCCUGGUUGGUCGGGCUCCUGACGUGGGGGCUCGCAUUGAUAAUCCCUCUCUGUCUGCUCCCCAGCACGGACAGAAAUGCCACCGGGCCGGAGGGGGAGUGCGGACGCGAGCAGCUGAAGAAAGGCGAGCUGCAGAAGGUGCUGCUGAUAACUUUGUGCACUUUGCUCAUACUGUACAGUUAUGUGCGGAUACUGAUGGAGGGAAGGCGCCUGGGAGUGCUGAACAGACGCAACAGUGUCGGAUUCAGGACGAUCGCCCUGCACUGCACCCAGCUGGCCGUCUACAUCCUGCCCAACUUUGUCAACUUUCUGCUCGCGGUUCUCCUGAAACACGGACACUUUCAGCCGCAGAUGAAGGAGCUCUCGUCGGUGGUGGUGUUUGCCUUCUUCAGCUUGGCGCAGUGCAUUGCGCCGGUCGUGUACGGUUUGCGCAAAGAGGAGCUUCUGGAGGAGUUGAGCGUGAGGUUCCCGUGCUGUUCCCCCUACUUAAAAAGUAUCAUUGGGUGGACUGUGCAUGCAAAUUGGACAUACAGCCACCCCAAACCACGAGAAAGGACUCUGACAGCCCAGGCCAUCAUAUCUAUGGAGGAGCCCCAGGCUGCACUUGAGGACAGCGCGCCAGAGUCACUGACCAGGUCCUCACAGGACCCAUGCUCAUCUCAAGGCAACGUCUGACAAGAAAUACAAGGAA